AUGCUCAGUAUGACAGAUUCAGAGAUAUAUAACCAAAGGGUAAAUAAUAUGAACUUUAGACAAAAGUUGCGUAAUGUCAUUAGUCUGAACCAAGAAGUUAUGGAUGAGAAUGACAACAAUAUGGUGAGACCUAUACUUGAUGAAGAAACUUACAAGCAUUCAAUCAAAGAAAAAUCCAUGAAGGAGCAGUGGAAUAUGUUAGGGAAAGAAAUCAAAACUAUCAAUAAUAAUAGAUAUGAACUACCUUCAAGUAAUAGCAGAGAGAAUAGCCCAAUACCAGCAAAGGAAGAAAUCAGAAAUCGACACACGUCUGAAACACACAAACAAUAUACCAGAAUCCCCACUGUACCAUCCACUUCAAACAAGUCCAUGCCUUCUACUAUUAAACUCGAGGAGGAGAUUCGUCAAUUACAAAUAACUAUUCAAUCAUUGACUACACAAUUAAACGAGAAAGAUAUUGAACGUAAGGAUAUAAUUGAUGAUUUUCAGGCAAAAGAGGUUAGAAUUAUGAAAAGUCGCCAAGAGGAGAUCAAGAAGAUUACAAAAAGAUACGAAAGCAAGAUUCUUAGUAUACAACGUGAUAAUGAAUUACGUAUUGAACAAUUAACUACGGAAAGGGAUCACUUAACAAAGGAAAUCACGAAUGUAAAACAGGAAAACCAAAUACAGUGUGAUAAAUUAAAACGUGUCGUGGAGAGCCUAUCAUCGGAAAAUGAGCAUUUAAGGUUCGAGAACAAGCGUUUAGCAAGUAAAGAUGAGCAAGUAAAUUCUGAACAAAUAAGAUUUAACCAAAGUUUAAUGAUUGAGAAUAAGGAAUUGAAACAAACGAUUGAAAAUAUGAAACGUCAAAAUGGAAUUGUCUACGAUGUUGUACAAGAUGAUAGUGAUGAUGAUGUUGAUGAAGAGAUUGAAAAUGUUCCAAGAAAUGAGUUCAAGUACUAUGCAACAAAGCCAGAGCAACAACAAUAUUCGGGUCCAAUUAUGGAUUCAUGGUUACCAAAUACACCGAAAACAUCUUUACCCAACCUACCACUUGAAAAUAGCCAUGAUACUUAUUCUACAGAGAGAUUGAUGAAUGAAACUUGGAAUUCUGUUGUUCGAGACAGAAAUCAAGUAGAUCAAAUCAUACGUGAACCAUAG